AUGAAAACCAGAGUUCCGUGCUGUUCCAUUUGCCAAACGCGGUACAACGAGGAGGAGCGGGUUCCGCUCAUGCUCCAAUGCGGCCACGGUUUCUGCAAAGAAUGCCUUUCUAGAAUAUUCUCGGCGUCGCCGGACACCACGCUGACGUGUCCGCGGUGCCGCCACGUCUCCACCGUCGGAAACUCCGUUCAAGCUCUCCCUAAGAAUUACGCCGUCAUCGGCCUCCUUCGCAGGCCCUCGCCUAAAGCAGUUAGGUCCGUUUUCGACUUCAAUUUUGACUACACCGAAGACGAAGACGAAGACGAAGAAGAAGAUGACGUGGACGUGGCGCGGCGGCGGAGCCAUGUGGCGCAGAAGUCGUGGUCGGGGAGGAUCGGGGAUUUGAGGUUGGUGAAGCGGAUUGGGGAGGGGAGGAGGUCUGACGUGGAGAUGUGGACGGCGGUGAUUGGCGGCCGGCAUAAGGUGGCGGUGAAGAAGGUUGCGGUGGUGGGGGAGGUGGUGGAGUGGAUGAUGGAGAAGCUUGAAUUGUUGCGUCGGGGUUCGAUGUGGUGUAGGAAUGUGUGCACGUUUCAUGGGGCAGUGAAGGUGGAUAACUGUUUGUGCAUUGUCAUGGACAGGUGUUAUGGAUCGCUUCAGUCUGAGAUGCACCGCAACGAGGGCAGGCUUACUUUGGAGCAAGUCCUUAGAUAUGGGGCAGACAUUGCGCGAGGGAUUGCUGAGCUACAUGCUGCAGGCAUUGUUUGCAUGAAUAUAAAACCAUCCAAUCUUCUUCUUGAUCCAGACGGUCAUGCAGUGGUUUCUGAUUACGGACUUGCUGCAAUUCUAAAGAAGCCUUCCUGUUGGAAGGCCCAACCAGAGUGUGACUCCUCAAAAACACACUCCUGUAUGGAAUGUACAAUGCUCAGUCCACAUUACACAGCUCCAGAGGCUUGGGGGGAACCGGUGAAGAAGUCAUUAAAUUUGUUCAGGGAUGAUGCAAUAGGUAUAUCUGCAGAGUCUGAUGCCUGGAGUUUUGGUUGUACACUGGUGGAGAUGUGCACUGGUUCUGUUCCUUGGGCUGGUUUAAGUUCAGAGGAAAUUCAUCAAGCGGUUGUCAAAGCAAAGAAUCAGCCCCCACAGUAUGCUAGUGUGGUUGGUGGUGGAAUACCUAGGGAUUUGUGGAAGAUGAUUGGAGAGUGCUUGCAGUUCAAGCCAUCUAAAAGGCCUAGUUUUAGCGCAAUGCUAGCAAUAUUUCUCCGUCAUUUGCAGGAAAUACCACACAGCCCUCCUUCGAGCCCUGAUAAUGACUUUGUUAAAAGCUUUGCAUCACAUGUGAUGGAGCUGUCCCCUGUUCCUGAUUUAGAUGUUACUCAGCAAAGCCCAAGCCAUCUUCAUCGACUUGUGUCUGCGGGGGACGUCAGAGGUGUUAGAGAUCUUCUUGUAAAGGCUGCAUCAGAACGUGGCAGCAACUACAUAUCUUCUCUAUUCGAAGUACAAAAUAUUGAUGGACAAACUGCCCUCCACUUGGCUUGUAGACGUGGCUGUGCAAAGCUUGUUGAGGCAAUCUUGGAGUAUCCAGAGGCAAAUGUUGAUGUCUUGGACAAAGAUGGAGAUCCUCCUCUCUUUUUUGCAUUAGCUACUGGAUCCCCGGAAUGUGUUCAUUGUCUUGUCAAAAGAAAUGCUAAUGUUAGGUCACGAUUGAGAGAUGGCUUUGGCCCAUCUAUUGCUCAUGUUUGUGCCGAUCAUGGCCAACCAGAUUGCAUGAAAGAAUUACUACUUGCUGGAGCUGAUCCUAAUGCUGUGGAUGAUGACGGUGAAUCUGUACUGCACAGAGCAGUUGCAAAGAAGUACACUGACUGUGCUCUUGUGAUAUUGGAGAAUGGAGGCAGUAGAUCAAUGGCCAUCUUGAAUUCGAAGAAUCUCACACCUCUGCACUUGUGUGUGGCAUCAUGGAAUGUAGCCAUUGUGAAAAGAUGGGUGGAAGUUGCAACUUCUGAUGAGAUUGCUGAAUCAAUUGACAUACCAAGCCCUAUUGGUACUGCUUUGUGCAUGGCUGCUGCCUCUAAGAAAGAUCAUAAAAGUGAGGGGAGAGAAUUGGUUAGGAUAUUGCUUGCUGCAGGAGCGGAUCCAUCUGCUCAGGAUUCACAGAAUAGACGGACAGCUUUACAUACAGCUGCUAUGACUGAUGAUGUUGAAUUGGUUAAGGUUAUUCUUGCUGCUGGUGUUGAUGUGAACAUCCGCAAUGUGCACAACAAUAUAUCCCUUCACUUAGCCUUAGCUAGGGGAGCUAAGUCAUGUGUUGGACUGCUUAUAUCUUCUGGGGCAGAUUGUAAUUUACAGGAUGAUGAUGGUGAUACUUCUUUCCAUAUAGCAGCAGAGACAGCGAAAAUAAUACGUGAAAAUCUUGAAUGGCUCAUUGUUAUGCUAAGGAAACCUAGUGCUGAUGUUGAAGUCAGAAACCACAGUGGCAAGACUCUACAUGACAUCUUGGAGACCCUUCCCCGAGAAUGGAUAUCUGAAGAUCUGAUGGAGGCACUCAUGAAUAGAGGAGUUCAUCUCUCUCCUACAAUAUUUGAAGUGGGAGACUGGGUGAAGUUUAGAAGAACUUUCAUAAAUCCAAUGAAUGGGUGGGAAGGUGAUCGGCAGAAGAGUGUUGGCUUUGUGCAAAGAGUUCCCGACAAAGAUAAUCUCGUUGUUUCAUUUUGUUCUGGCGAGUAUCAUGUUUUGGCAAAUGAAGUUGUAAAAGUCAUCCCGUUAGACAGGGGACAACAUGUACAACUUAAAGUAGAUGUGAAAAAUCCCAGAUUUGGUUGGCCUGGGCAGUCACGUGACAACAUUGGGACAGUAUUAUGUGUUGACGAUGAUGGGAUCAUCCGUGUUGGGUUUCCUGCACAAUCUAAAGGAUGGAAAGCUGACCCAGGAGAGGUCGAACGGGUUGAGGAAUUCAAGGUGGGAGACUGGGUUCGUAUUCGUCCCACUCUUACAACUGCGAAGUAUGGAUUAGGAUCUGUGACACCAGGAAGCAUUGGCAUUGUAUAUUGUAUCAGACCAGACAGUAGUCUGUUAAUAGAACUGAGCUAUCUUCCAAUUCCAUGGCAUUGUGAACCAGAGGAGGUUGAGCAUGUUGCUCCUUUUAGGAUUGGUGAUCGGGUAUGCGUGCAGCGAUCUGUUGCAGAACCUAGAUAUGCUUGGGGUAGCGAGACCCAUCUUAGUGUUGGAAAAAUAAGUGAGAUUGGGAAUGAUGGCCUCUUAGUAAUAGAUAUACCAAACCAACCCAUUCCAUGGCAAGCAGAUCCGUCAGAUAUGGAGAAGGUGGAGGAUUUUAAGGUGGUUGGAGAUUGGGUCAGAAUCAAAGCUUCAGUAUAUUCUCCAAGAUAUGGGUGGGAGGAUAUUCCAAGGAAAAACAGUAUUGGGGUAAUUCAUAGCUUGGAGGAGGAUGGCGAUAUGGGUGUUGCCUUUUGUUUCAGGAAUAAGCUUUUUCCUUGCUCGAUCACUGAUGUAGAGAAAGUUCCCCAUUUUGAGGUAGGGCAAGAAAUUCAUGUGAUGUCAUCUGUGACUCAGCCACAGCUUGGAUGGUCAAAUGAAACACCUGCUACGGUUGGAAAAAUAGUAAGAAUUGAUAUGGAUGGUGCUCUCAAUGUGAGGGUCACUGGUAGGCAUAGCUUGUGGAAAGUUUCUCCUGGAGAUGUGGAACAGCUUCUGGGAUUUGAAGUUGGUGAUUGGGUACGGUCAAAACCAAGUCUAGGGACCAAAUCAAGUCCUGACUUAAAUAGUUUUGGAAGUGAAAGUUUAGCUGUUGUGCAUAGUGUUCAGGAUUCUGGGUACUUGGAGUUGGCUUUUUGCUUCCAUAAAUUCAAGAUGAUGACUCAUUAUACAGAAGUUGAAAAGGUUCCUUGCUUUAAAGUCGGGCAAUAUGUAAGGUUCCGAACUGGUUUGUUGGAACCAAGGUGGGGCUGGAGGGGAACUCAGCCUGAAUCUCGAGGUGUUGUAACCAACAUUCAUGCUAAUGGAGAAGUGAGGGUGGCAUUCUUUGGUUUGCUAGGAUUGUGGCGAGGAGAUCCUGCUGACUUGGAGAUUGAACAGACAUUUGAAGUGGGAGAAUGGGUGAGGUUGAAAGAUAACGCCACUGAUUGGAAAUCAAUAGUGCCAGGUAGUGUUGGUGUUGUAUUAGGAAUAGACUAUGAAGGGGAUGAAUGGAACGGAAGUACUUAUGUUGCGUUUUGCGGGGAACAAGAAAGUUGGGUAGGACCAAGUUCUCAUCUUGAAAGACUUCACAAACUCAUUGUUGGACAGAAGGUUAGAGUUAAACUUUAUGUGAAGCAACCAAGAUUUGGGUGGUCAGGGCAUACCUAUACAAGUAUUGGAACUAUACAAGCCAUUGAUGCUGAUGGAAAGCUUCGAAUAUACACUCCAGCGGGAUCAAAAGCAUGGAUAUUGGACCCAUCAGAAGUGGAAGUGGUAGAACAGGAGGAGCGCUGUAUUGGAGAUUGGGUGAAGGUUAGAGCAUCAGUUUUAACCCCAACCCACCAGUGGGGGGAAGUGAGUCAUUCAAGCAUAGGGGUGGUGUAUCGGAUGGAAGAUGAGGAUCUGUGGUUGGCUUUCUGUUUUAUGGAGAGGCUAUGGCUUUGUAAGGCAUGGGAAAUAGAAAAGGUUAGGACAUUUAAAGUGGGGGAUAAUGUUAGGAUCAAAGAUGGAUUAGUGAACCCAAGGUGGGGAUGGGGAAUGGAGACACAUGCCAGUAAGGGACAAGUGGUAGGGGUAGAUGCAAAUGGCAAGCUAAGAAUAAAGUUCCAGUGGAGGGAAGGGAGGCCCUGGGUCGGAGACCCUGCUGAUAUUGUCCUUGAUGAGAAUUGAUGUGCUAUGUUAGAAAAAUUAUAUAAGGUGAUAAGUGGAAAGCUUUAAGCUCCUUGCUAUGUGCUCUGAACUAUAACUUGGUUUUGAAGGUGGAAAUACAUUUUGAGCAGAUUUAUUUAUAUUAAUAAAUGGGGGAGUAAAAAGAGUGAAGUGGGAAGGAAAAGUUGGCUUGCUGGCUAAUAUUUACUGGAGAUUUAAUGGAGGUCAAAGCAAAACUAGCAUGCUCAUAUGCACAGGAGAUUUAAUCGCAGCAAAGCAAAAACUAACAGUAG